AUGGCGAUUUGUGCUGGAGUUGUGGUGCUACUAUACUCCAUUUUUGGAGUGUUCGGACAAAAUCCACCCUUAUCUUUCUCCUUAACAAACCAUUGUGUUGGACCGGGUGCAGUAGCAUUUGCACUGGAUGGAUCAGAAAGUAUUAAUGCUUCCAACUUUGAACUAUUGAAACAGUUUGUAAAAGCUAAUAUUCAACAUUUCAAAAUCGGACCCAGCAACAUUCAAGUGGCCGCUUUUGUAUUCAGUCAAGCCAUCGGUGAUGACGGAUUCCCGUUUGACAGCCGGGACACAAAUUACACACUCUUUGCCAAAGUGGAUGCGUUGAGGUUAAUACGAAUGGCUACCUUUACCGAUGUUGCUAUCACAGAAAUGAUACGACUUCUUAUUCAACCAAACGUCCCCUACCCGAAAGUGGGCGUGAUUUUGACGGACGGAGAAUCUUACGACCCUGUGAAGACACAAACGGCCGCCGCUGCGGCACGUACUCUGGGGAUUACCCUCAUUUCAGUGGGUAUUGGUGUCUCCCCUGGAUCAGCUGCUGCUGCUGAAUUAAGUGCCAUUACGGGAAACCCCUCUCAGGUUCUCCUCUUAAAUGGAUACAGCCAACUGACAAACUUAACUGGUGUAGCCAUACUCAGCGAUUUACUGUGUCGAGCAAUAACGACAUCCACGAGUACAACAACAACAACACCUGUUCCAACAACAACAACCAGUACCCCUAUCCCGACAACAAUCAGACCAACAACACCAACUCCGACAUUACCACCCCUGACAACCCAGAAACUCCAGACAGAUAAAAUCACUAACCCUUUGUGUGAGGGCUGUAUUAUAGCUGACGGUGUAGGAUACAACAGACACGGAUCUAACUGCCAACGCUUUGUCCAGUGUUAUUUUGAGGACGAUACUGCGGUUGCCGUGGAGAAGAAAUGUGGAUUCGGACAGUUCUUCUCGCUGUCUGACCUGACUUGUGUUCACCCUGAAUUCUCUGACUGUCCAUACGAUCCUUGUAUUGGCCAGCCUGAUGGCGCGAGUUGGAACAUGGCAGAGAAUUGUCAGGGCUACUGGACGUGUAUAAACGGUCACUCUGUACCCGCUUGUUGUGGGAAUCAGACUCGAUAUGUCCCAGGGUCCGGCUGUACGACUGACGCUACAUGUACAGAGGCAUGUCCACCCAAAACCUCUACUGUUCCAUUUCUUUGUGACUCCCAGGCUGAUCCCGACCCUAAUUACUAUCUUCAGAACGUUAGUGGUGCCCUCUUACGGCGCCGUUGCGCCCCGGGAACUCACUACGAUGCUGGUUCCUGUGGCUGUUCUAUUCUUGUUACCGUUACGCCAUCAACAGUCUGUUCCCCGAUGCUCUACCACUCUCAGUCCGACCCCUACUUUUACGACGCGACAAAUAUAAUCCCAGUGGGAAUGGUCAACGUCGCCAUAACUACAGGGUCACUUGGAUUUGGCGGAAAUGGUGAAAUCAACAUUUGGCGCCUAGCAAACCAAGACUUUCGAGACGUGCUUGUUGUCCGGUUUGAGUUGACAGUAGGGACAUCAGCCACUCCAAGGACAGAACAGGUGCUCGUGAAUUGUCUUCACUCCAAUGGAGCGAUGACACCGGCCUCUGUGGAUAUUCAGGUGAUCAAGACCUCCACCACGGCUCAAUUAGUGUACACCCUCAGAGCAGGGGGUACGUCCAAAACACUGACCUCCCCUGUCACGCCUGGGGUCGCUACAGAAGUAAUAUAUGCCUACGAUGGGUCAACAUUUGCCGUAUACUCAGGUCCUGGGACCGAAUCCUCCACAAAUCUGAGAGAAACUUUCUGUGAUGGACGGGUCAGUUUGGUCAUUGCUAUGGACUCCUCCUCAAGCUUGACCUCUAUACAGUUCCUCCAAAUCAAGAACUUCACAGCUAACGGUCUGGUCAAACGGUUUAUGUAUCCACACACCAUCGCCACGGUGGCAUUCGCUGAGAAUGUUGAAAUUGUCACUGACUUUGGGGAACUGAAUAGCGAUAAAAUCAUGAUGUACAACUCGAAUAGAAACUACCAGACCAGAAUUGACUACGCUAUUGGAAACAUGACGGACAUGUUGUCUAGUAGUCCUUUUCUAGACCCAGCUGUCCCAAAGGUCGCUCUGAUAUUGACUGAUGGGAAAAGCACAAGCGGCAUCGAACUACUUCACAAGUCAGCCAUGUAUGCCGAUAGAAAUAAUGUCUAUGUUAUGGCUGUCGGAGUCGGAGAGGAAAGGAACCUGUCCCCAGCUGAGCUGAAUAACAUGACUCAUGGAAUUAAAGAACACCAACGAAUUAUCCCAUACAAAGAACUCGCCAGUUCCCUCGACCAAGUAGUAGAACAAAUCUGCUACCUUUCUCAAGAUGGAGCUAGGAGAACAGGAGAAAUCCGGGGACGUUACCUUCUCACUAUUGUAUUUGACGUCACGAUUCAGAGCCUCGACCUGAUAAAGGAGUUUAUAUCCCAACUCCUAGAAUACAUUGAGUUCGGCAACCCCUCAAUGAAUCUUAUAAUUGCCACAUUAGCGGAUGGAGCAGCAUCUAUUGGGCGUUUUGAUGAAACGGCCAGUUUAAUUGAAGUACGAAAGUUCCUAGACCACAUGAUGAUCAGAGAACACAAGUAUUUUGACGCUGUUUUGGCUUACAAAAAAGUGGAGAGCGACUUCCUGUAUGCGCCAGGCGACUCCUCUAAAAUCGCAUUGUUUAUCUCAGACAAACCACUACAUAAGAGCAGCUUUGCUUCUAUGAGGAUUUUCUUUAACUCAAAAUCAAAAUCUAGCAAUGUACAGAUAAUGUAUGUUGGAAUGGGUUUUGCUGUAAAUCCAGAUUUAAGUCUUGCUUUAGCUAAUUUUAAAGUUGCAAACAGAAUCAUCGUUUCUAACCAGUCACUUCUGACAAGUGGACUGAACAAUGUUGUGAGAGCAAUUGGUACAGAAGUUUUGAAAAAUCCAGUGCCACGGAAUGUCACACAUCAAGUGUUUCACGGACCUGCAGAAAUACUGAUAGGGUACAGUCACUGUCCUCACUUAUUUAACGCACAAAAAUUCAACAAAUAUAAUACGUUUCUGGAAAACGUUGUUAGAAACAUUCACAUGGGAUCUGAUAACGUCCAACUGACCCUUGCUACAUACUGUACCGACAUCAACUAUAUCAGCAGCAUCAAGGAUUACCAGAUCACCUUCCAUGUACCAUACGGUCUCCAGCGCGGGGGAGUGAUCACGCAACUUAAGUGGACAACUGAAAACGUCAUCAGGGAGGUUUUAAAUGUGUAUGAAGAUGUAGAAUCUGACGUCAAGAUUGCCAUUGUCAUCAUUGCUGAUCCCUUUAUGGAGGGAGAUCUUGUUGGGCUCAUGGAAGAGGCUAACCAAAAAAAUAUUUUGAUUAUGCCUCUUGUCUUGUAUCAUGCAAAUGCUACUAUUGAGGGUCUUAAAGAGAAAGUGGACCUCAUGAAUACAGCGAUACCGCCUUUGUAUAUCUCCUGGUCGGAGCUAAGAACUCACGGGGCCGAACAAACUAUGAAUGUUUUGAAAAAAUACUUGACCGGCAGAAGGAAAGAUAUACUCCUCUCAGCAUCAAGUAUGGAUCUAACUGAUGAUCUUCUGAAGAAUUACCUGAAGCUUUAUGUCAGAGAACUACAGAACAUGAAUAACAAGGAAACUACUUCAAGUCUCGAGAAGAAAAUGUUGUCUGACAUUCAGCAACACAGACACCGUGUAUUGAAUGAUGACGUACGGAAUACACAUGCUGGCCUUCAUGGCAUUCUGUUGAGCUUUCUUUAUUCAGAAGAUCCUUCCGAAAAUAGAAUUGGAUUCCUGAUUGCAAAAGGACCAUCAUCUGUGCCCAGUGCAACCCACUCUGUAGCAAGACUUCUGAAGGAUGCCAAUGUCCAUAUGUUUGCUCUUGGAUUUGGAGUAGACAGAAUCAGAGACGAGGAAUUAAAAGUAAUAACAGGAGACAUCGAACAUAUUACAAAACUGUCAUCAGCAGCCGACAUCAUAGGAGCAAUCUCGUCAGUUAAAAAAAUAAUGGGAUCCGUCAAUUUGGACUCAAAAAAGGCUACACAUAUAUCUGUUGCCCUAGAUUCCUCAUUGAAUGUGUCAGAAACUGAUAUUAAAAAUCUUAAGGUGAUGAUAAAUAUGUUCAUCAAAUUGUGGUCCAGUGGAAGUAACUACUACUUGACAUUCGGACAGUACAACAGAUAUUACAUCCCUGAGUUUGUUCGCCAGGAUCUUAAUCAGAACACAUUGUCAGAUGUCAUGCAGCGUGUAUACACACUCACACGCCAAAGCUCACGACACACGCUUUCUCAAGAUUCACUCACACCUCAGAGCCUUCCACUUCAUCUAACGAUAAGGAAUCUACAUCAAAGAAUGAAAGAAUCAAAAACACAAAACUUUUCGCAGGUAGUACUGAUGAUGUUUGACAAAGAACCAACUGACAUAUUGUGGACUGAUAUCGCUCUUCGAGAAGCCAGGUUAGAUGGUGUUCACUUUGUAACAAUACCUAUAGGAAUUGACUCGUAUCCAGACACCUUUACUUAUAAUCUCCCCCUUUAUGCACUCGGAGAUGUCGGUCCAGACGCAAUGAAUAUUGUUAACAGCACUAUACAGUCUGUCUUACCAGAAGGAAAAUUUGACAUAAUGAUUGCCCUGGAUGCUGAUUCUAUGGUUUCAAAUGAUGCAAUGCAUUGGAUGAAAGUUGCUACCCAGUUCUUAACGUCAAGAAUGUCAGAUCGUUUUUCCAAAUACGGAGUUGUAACCUUUUCUGAUAUUAUAAGAAAUGUCAUAGAAUAUUCUGACUUCCAGAGUCAGAUGUUGGUGUCUUAUCUACGAAGUAUUGAUGCUUAUUCAAAACAUCCGUCAAUCCAGUCCAAACCUAGUGUAAUCAUCAACAACCUACAUGGCUUAAUUGAUACCACUAUGUCAACAGCUGCAAAAAUCGGCCUCAUUUUAAUGGAUGACGACACGGAUAAUGACGUUGAUUUGAUGUCGUCUGCAUCGAGGGCAUGGUCAAAGGGUGUUAACUUGAUGUCCAUUGGUGUAGGUGCCCAUGCUGACAAGCUUGAGUUGGAACACAUCACCAAAAACAAGAAUGAUCAUUACUUACAGAUUCAGAACUGGGAGAAACUCGACACAGAUGGAUUUUCAUGGACAAUACAAACAUUUGAAAACAUGGAGCCGUUGCAUUUGUACGUUACAAAGACGAUCACUUCAGCAACGACAAUACCAUCAACGAUAUCAACACCAGAUACAACAGUUAUAUUGGAGGAAUGUACAGGUUUAGUUGACAUUGCGUUUGCCAUGGACGCUUCUGGAAGUCUGACGACAGAAAUGUUCAACGCAAUCAAGCAGACUGUAGCCAACACUGUCAGUAACAUGAAGCUAUCUGAGAAUGACGUCAGAGUUCGCGGAAUUAUCACAUUUGAUGACAGAAUCCAGGAGGUGGCAGAAGAUGUCAGCAAUAAGAUUCUUUUACGGGAACUUAUACUCGGGGCUGUUCAUACCAAAGGAAUGACAAAGAUAGACUUAGCUAUCAGACGAUUAACGGAAUAUCUGGAGUCAGAACCAAAAAGAAAUGCCAGAAAAAUUGGAGUUGUAAUAACGGAUGGAAAAUCCAUGAAGCCCCAAAAAACUCGGGAAGCUGCUGCAGCCGCGGUAAAAAGCAACAUCACAAUGGUGGCUAUGGGAAUAGGGGGACCUACAGACAUAUCCUAUACCGAACUGAUGGAUGUGGCCAAUAAUGUAACAGACAACUUCUUAUGGUUGAAAACAUUAUCUUCGUUUUUAUUGAACGGUACUCAAGUCCUGCACGAAAGGAUCUGCAGAGUUACUGAAGGAAGGGAUCUUUCUACGACUGCCAUUCCGACUGUAAUAACGAAAGACCCUAACGAUCCCGAAGAGCUGUGUGCGAGGUGUAAAUGUGUUGGUAAGGUGAUAAUUCCUGACCCCUUCGACUGCAGUAGAUACCACAUCUGUCUGAACUCAAAGCUUGAGUCCUCUGAACAUUGUGACCCUAAUAAAUUCUGGGACCCUACCACAAAAACCUGCCAGCCACCCAUGACUGCCAAUUGUCAAUAUGAUCCCUGUUACUUGCGGCCUGACGGUUAUAACUACACCACCGUUAGGUUGUUAGAGGAGAAUCAAUGUGAUCAGUUCUACACAUGCCUCAAUGGCCGCACCAAGAAGUUGUGUACUUGUGGAGAAAGGCAAGCAGGAAAUAUUCUUAUUCACAGGAAGUAUGAUCCACUUUCGGACCAUUGUGUGGAUGACACAAAAGGCGAAUGCUUCACCCUCAUCAACAAAAACCACCAGAAGGUUACCAAACCCGAAACAUGGGAAUGUUAUAAAAGGCCAGCAUCAUCCAAAGAAAAAUACAUUAACAUCAAAACAAACAAGGAACAGAUGUGCCCUACAAACUAUAUUUAUAGCCACGAGAAGUGUCAGUGUAUGAUGGAAAUUGUUAAAGUGAAAACAGACAAGUGUAAAGCAGACAUAGACCUCCAAUUUAAUGGCCCAUCCAUUCAGCUCUGGAAUGUCACCCUAAAAGAUGGACAGGGAGUGUUCGAUGGGAGAACGACCAUGUUAUCUAUAAGAAACAUGGCUAAUCAUUACGCCCAUGACUUUGCGGUCAAGAUUUCAAUGAAAACGCCCAAAUACAAGGACAUGCUACUGUUUGAAAACUCCAACUGCCAGGAAACAGACCUUCCGAGUAUUAGAGUGCACUUAAAGAAAAUAAAUGGGUUAUUGGGAGUGGUAGCAGAAAUAAAGACUGCUCAUGGAUACGUCAAAUUACAACUACAAUCUAUGGCCCUACGAUACGAACGUCAGACAACACUGACUUUGGCGUCAAUGGGACAUAAAGUUGCCAUGUGGACCAUGUAUGAUGAUGGCAAUUUAAGGUCUGCAAUACGUGAAAGUGACGUCACAAUGACACUUCAAGCUGAACCUCAUCUUCACUGCAACUCCCCUCUUUAUCUUGGGAGAGGGGUAGAGAGGGAAUUCAGUCCUUUUGAAGGAACAGUUGACUUUUUCCAGUGGUUCUAUAGCUGUUUGCCUGCGGAUGUAGUGGAGUUUUUUGAUCACACAUAGAAGUCAUUCUUCUAACACCAUUCUGCUUUUUAUCAAAGACCACAGAUAUGCAGUUGAUUUAGAUGUAUAUAAAUUCAUAGGAUUCCUUGCUGAUGAGUGCCAGUUUUCGAAUAAAUUAUGUUGAACUUUUAUA